CGACCUGCGGCUGUUGGCCAGGAGAGGAGAAAGGAAAGCAGCGGCGGUUCCCGCUGCCGCCGCCUAGGUAUGGCAGAAGGCAUUGCAGCCGGCUGCUGUGGGCAGCGGGCUGGGUAAGCGUGCUCUCCCGGAGAUACUGACACGAGCCCCUUCUCUGCUGCGAGUCUGUGCUUUGAGGGAGAAAGAUGCAGUUAAAAUGAACAAAGACUGACGGCUCUGUCUGUGGAACGACUUUCCGGACAGAGAGAGCAAGAGGAAGGCUCCCGCCGCCCCAGCAGCUGCCCUCCCUUGGCUCUGUGAAGCCGGAGCUGACGGGCAGAGUAACUGCUGUUGCCGUCCAGCGCUUGACAAUGAAACCGAAAGGCAAAUCCCACGGAGGGAAUGGGGGUCGCUGCUCCGAGUGAUCCGCUCUCGGGGACGGUUUUACCAGAGGUCUCCUCUUCGCCUUCCUCCAGAAGCGACUCGGCAAAGCCCAGAAGAAACCGAGCGCGUCGCUCCCAGGGUGUCUCUGUUAUAACCGCGCCUGCCUUGCCGCCUUCCCCUGCUUUUGAACAGGGGCGCGUUGAUUCUGGACGGAGAGGCGGCCGCCGCGCCGUUGUUUCGGGGGCGCUUGUCACUGUGCCUCGCCGCGCUGUUCUCUUCCGCAGUAGCCUGGGAGAUGAGAAGGAAGAAGUGGCGGCUUCUGCUUGGGCUGGGGCUGGCUGUCGGGGACAAGCCUACUAGAUAAGGAGACGGGGAAGCCGAGCGAGCGCCUGGGUCGGCGGCAGGGCGCGCUCAGGCGGAGGGGUGUUGCGGUCUGGCUGGGGAGCCAGCAACCGUUUGGAAGGGCGCAGGAUGGCCCUUGGCUGGCAAACGGGCCUUCGGUGCUGCAAACAUCUGGCUGAGUAAUUUCUGCUCCCUGACUGGAAAGGAGGGAUGAGCUUCUGUAAAGGACUGAAGGGCUGAAUCAAGAAGAACGACAGAAGAGAGAGGAGGAGAAAAGAGGAGGCGGCAGCAGCCGCAGCAGCCGAGAACUGGAAGACUGUGGUGGCUGGUGACUGAAACAACCACCUUGCAAUCGACUCCGAAAGAACGAGGGUAGGGGGCGGAAUAGGAGAAGCAGGUUGUUUCUCUUGUCACAUAACGCUGACUGGCUCCUCGUAUGCCCUCUCUAGUUCCCCCCGCCCCAGGAAUGAGGUUUGACUAUAAUAUUGAACGACCUCUUUCAUGCUUAGGAAAGUUUGAGUUUUUAUAGUGAGAAAAAGCGAUAAUCCUGUUGUGAAUCAGAGCAACAAGAAGAAAAAUAACAGAGGACUCACAGUAAAGUGUAGGGUUAAGGAAGAAAUUGGAUGAAAUGGGUUGUUUCUCAGCAGCUGAACUUAGAUCAGGAUUGAUAUGUCUGAAAAAAUUAAUAGGAAUUUUUUAUUUUUGUAGAAUCAUCUGUAUUACAACAAACCUUUGUGAAAGAAAGCUACUCGGCUACAAAAUGGCUUGCCUCCAAUUUUGAACCAAGACUUUCUUAAAGAUGUUUUGUGUGAUGUUUUGUCUGUGAAGUACACACUGAACAGUUUAAGCAAAGGGCGCAAUGCUUCAAAAUUCUUUUAAAGUUUUAUGAUUGGUUGGAAAUUAAUUUAUAUUUUGACUUUUCUAGUUCAUCCUCUGUUAAAUGAUUAUGCAGUUCUAAAGGAUUAUUUUGAACUGUUUUUAUUUAGUUGUGAAGAAGGGGAAAACUACUUACUAUUUCUGGAAUGACGCCUUUAGACUCUCAACAGUUAACUGCAUAUUAUAUAAUGUUGUGAUAAACUUUUAAAAAUAAAACAACUAAUAGUGGCUUCUGGAAAACUUUCUCUUCAGCAAGAUUUGUUUGGGGGAGUGUUCCCCCUCCUUAUUCUCCCUUGAUGACUCCUGGCGCUGGUGGUGGAGGGCCCAUGAAAGACUGUGAAUACAGUCAGAUCAGCACUCACAGCUCCUCUUCUCCCAUGGAGUCUCCCCAUAAGAAAAAGAAAACAGCUUUGAGGAGAAAAUGGGAGGUUUUCCCUGGGAGAAACAAAUUCUUUUGCAAUGGAAGGAUCAUGAUGGCUCGCCAGACGGGAGUAUUCUACCUGACACUUCUUCUUAUCUUGGUUACCAGUGGACUCUUCUUUGCUUUUGAUUGUCCAUAUUUAUCAGAUCAGAUUACACCUGCUAUUCCUGCAGUAGGCGCACUUCUAUUCUUUUUUGUGACGGGGACCUUGCUACGUACUAGCUUCAGUGAUCCUGGAGUCCUGCCCCGUGCAACACCAGAUGAAGCAGCAGAUCUGGAAAGACAAAUAGGUAACACAGAAGACAUUGCAAAUGGUUCCAGUUCAGGAGGGUACCGUCCACCUCCCAGAACAAAAGAAAUAGUAAUUAAUGGUCAGACAGUAAAAUUGAAAUACUGUUUUACCUGCAAGAUUUUCCGCCCACCUCGUGCCUCACAUUGCAGCCUUUGUGAUAACUGUGUAGAACGGUUUGAUCACCACUGUCCCUGGGUAGGCAACUGUGUGGGGAAAAGAAACUACCGGUUUUUUUAUAUGUUCAUUUUAUCUCUGUCCUUUCUGACAGUUUUUAUAUUUGCAUUCGUUAUCACACACAUCAUCCAUCGAUCUCAGAAAACAGGGUUCUUAAGUGCACUCAAGGACAGUCCUGCAAGUGUGCUGGAAGCUGUGGUGUGUUUCUUCUCCGUUUGGUCCAUUGUUGGACUCUCAGGUUUUCAUACUUACUUGAUCAGCUCCAAUCAAACAACAAACGAGGAUAUUAAGGGAUCUUGGUCCAGUAAAAGAGGUAAAGAGAACUACAAUCCAUACAGCUAUGGCAAUAUUUUCACUAACUGUUGUUCUGCACUUUGUGGGCCCCUCUCUCCCAGUUUGAUUGACAGAAGAGGAUUUAUACAGCCAGAUACUCCACAGCUGGCAGCACCCUCAAAUGGCAUUACAAUGUAUGGGGCAACACAGUCUCAGAGUAAUAUGUGUGAUCAAGAUCAGUGCAUUCAGAGCACUAAAUUCGUUUUGCAGGCUGCUGCCACACCACUACUCCAGAGUGAGCCCAGCAUUACUAGUGAAGAGCUACCUUUACCAGGAAAGACCACUAUCAGUGCUCCCUGUGCUGCAUUAACACUAGGGCAGCCGACUCCACCCUCCUCCAUCCCAAACCUCACGUCCGAAACAGGUUUGUCAGACAUGAUACCAUUAAAGGAGGAUCCUGAAAGCCAUCAGUUUCUUACGCCUGAAGAAGCUCCAUCACCACCUGGAAUGCUGCCAAUGGGGAGUCCUGUAUCACAUAGCCAUACCAUGCAUGUCCUCAGCCUAGCCAGCCAAGACUCAUUGCAUGAGGACUCAGUACGUGGCCUUGUGAAACUCAGCUCAGUCUGAACAACUUUAUAUAUGACUCUUGUUAUACAGAUUUUAUUUACCAAUGAUAACAAAAUUGCAACACCAGUUUUCGACUCUGUGGCGUACACAUGUAACUGAAACUUUGCCAUGUAAUGGAUUCUUCUAAAAGGAUUGUUUUUAUGCAAUGGAAUUAUGACAUUCUUUAACAGCUGGAGUACUAGUGGCUUGGAUUUGAUGGCAAUGUUGAUGUCUGAAUGAGAACCUAAAUGUACAUUAAUUCUGAAUGGUAACAAAUGGAAUCCAGCAAUCUGGAAUCCUUGUUCUAUAAAGGUGAUUAUUAUAGUACUUUAAAAAAUUAUUGGAUAUAAGCAUCAUGCUCCAUGUGUAUGAAACUAUUGUGUAAUACCACCUUUGUAGCCAGUGAAGGAUGGGAAUACCUUUUUCUUGUUACUGUGCUACUAAUAUUUGAAACAGAAGAUUAGCAUUCCGUUAAUACAAAAACAAUAAGGACUGCCCUUGUGGAUCUGCACGCUAUGCUACAUUGUAUGUUACAGUAGUACUGGUAUUGAAAGAAAGUGCUGCUUUAUUAUUUGUGCUGUUUCAUGUCAAAGACAGUGCAACAAAUCUAAUGGACAAAUAUGGUGUGUGUUUUUCCAACUCAGUCAACUUUAUUAUAAUUAAAUGAGUUGAUAGUAUUUCAAAUGUAGAGGGCUAUCAAUUUUUGCAUAUCAUUUUAAUGUUGAGUAUCUAAAACAAGGUAUUGUGUUGUGCCACACCAUGGAUUUUUCUCUGCUGCCUCACAUGACCACAUUAGAUGUCGAUAUCUAAUAAAAUGGCAUCCUAUAUAUCUCUGGAGCUACAUGGAUUUCAAUUUCUCUCAAGCUGAUAUAAUUAAGAAGCUUAAAGGUGUAGCAUUAAACCAAUUAUGAACUGUUUUGUUUUAGUAUUAUGUGCAUUUUUUUAAAAAAAGCUGUUUCAUUUUAGGACACAGUGUGUCUUCAGCUAAGCUGAAUGUUGAAAUUAACUUGAAAGUAAUAUGUUCUUUGGGACACAUACAACAUUAUCAAGGGGAUUCUCUUGAGUAUAUGGUUUUCAAGGUAAGGAUGUCAAGGUUUUAGCAGAGAAAUAUAUAUAUUGCUGGGAUAUAUAUGCUCACUAACUGGUAUCUUCUCAUGGUUAUUCUCAGUUAUAUAUUUUUUUCUGUUAUUUAAGACUUACAUAUUUAUGGUACAGAAUUGUUUGAUGCUUUUAUUUGGGGGUUAAGAAAAACCACUUGUAACUUUUUUAAAAAAUCCCCUCAGGGAUAGCCCAAGAGAGUAAAUGAUGAGAAUGGUAUGUAUCAUUGCAUUUCACCUUGCUUUGAAGAUGGUAGGACCUGCAAUAAUUUCUCCUCAGGACAAAAUUUACUGCGGACUAUAUUCAGAAUUCUAAAUCAUUACUGCAGGCAACUGUUUUUUAAAAAACUUGGAUUGUGAAGAUAUAAGUUUGUUGCAUUUCUGAUACAUGGAAAAAUACAUUUAAAAGGAAAAUAAAAGCACAAUGUUUAAAUUUGAGUAAGACCAUCUCUAUUACAGAAAUGCUAGCAAGAGCCCUCAUACUGUGUACGUAAACGGUAUUUUUUUCCUCUGAACACGGAUAGACUUUCACCUUGUUGCAUGUAUAUAAAUGAGGGGAAAAUUGAUAUCCACAGGUUUCUUAUUUUUGUUUUCCUUUUUGCAGAAAGCUAUGCAUGAUCUGCAGUUAUCUGGUUGCAAACCAUUAAAGUAUAAUGGUUGUGAACCAUUAAAAUGUUUACAAGUUUUCAUAUGAAGGGAUAUUGCCGCUUUUCCUGACUGACCUCAUAGGAUUUCUUUAAAAUCCUGCAUAUAUUCUUUCCUUUAGCAUAUGAACAUUCCAAAGAAAAAACAACUUUGAGAUUAAUUCUCUUGGCUCAGUUUUUUUUUAAUUGCUGUACUGGCAAAAAGUAACAGAAGAACAUGUGUAGUGAUAAGCACCAAUAAAUAGCAACAAACAUGGAAGAGGUACCUUUUUGGAGGAGGAGGGUGGGGUUGACCUCCACGCAACAGCCAAACACCUCAGAGGCAACAAUCCCAAAUCAGGUUGUGACCUAAUGAUGUGAUGAAAUGGCCAGAAACGUGAUUAAAAUUACAUAGUACAAUUCUGGGAAGUUGGAGGAGUUUGAGGUCUUGCUACUGUUCCUUUCUGUCAAAAGUACUCUGAUUUUGCUGCAGUUUUAGUGAGAGGAAGGAAGGCUGUCAAAAGAAAACACAGGCCUUGUUACUCAUUGCAUUAAAAUAGGGUGCCUAAGCAUUUUCUGGCAGUAGAAGUAGUAGUUCUGUCAACAUAAUUGCCUGUGUGGGUUGUACUACUUGUAGGGAAUUCGUUUUUUUUUUUAAAAAAGCAGUAUUUGAUUAGUUCAGUGAAUUUGUUUAACAAAGCCAGUCUUAAUAUUUUACUAAUUCCACAGAUGCCAGAAUAUGGAGCUUGCAUUCACCACAGUAUAGAAAAACAUUGACAAUAAAUAUUUUACUCUGCCAUUAUGAUUUCAGAGCUGUGGAGUUUACACACUGUUCAAAAAUACAUCUGCUUGCAUUUUCACAGAAAUCCUUCAUUUUGUUUUUUAAUAGCAGCAUUUGAAUGGCCUUGCCAUUAGGAAAUAGUCAACAGCAUUGUGCACGAUGUAGGUCCACAGUAUGCUACUGGUAACAGUUUUAUUGAUGGAGGAGAGUGAGAAUAUCAUGCAGUUGAUUCUAAGCAACUUUCUGUUACAUAAAACUUUAAAAUGCAGCACCUUGCUUGGGUUUUUUUAGUGCUCGAGGGAACAAAAAUGCUUGAUGAAAGAAAUAAAGUACUGUGAAUAUGUAUUUAGAACAAAUUUUUUCCAUUUGCAUUGAUGUACAGUAAU